AUGUUUAGACAACUAGAGUCAGUUUUCAUCGUUCUACUUUUUACUCUUUCCCCGGGUUAUGGGAAUUUCGAAUACUUGCAAUUUGUUUUAACGUGGCCGGCAACUUUUUGCCACACGAGAAGGUGCGUCAAAAUUCCGAAUAACUUUACAAUUCAUGGGCUUUGGCCGGAUAACAAGAGCACGCAGCUAAAUUUCUGCAGUACCCGUCCUAUGUUUAAAACGAUCACGGAUGAAAUUAAAAAAGAAGCUCUGCAACACCACUGGCCUAACUUGACCACAAAUAAAGUAGUUUCGAAAAGAGAUCAAGUUUUUUGGCGGAAAGAAUACGAUAAGCAUGGAACGUGUUGUUCAAAUCUCUUUAAUCAAAAUCAAUAUUUUGAUUUAGCCAUUGAGUUAAAAGACAAGUUUGAUCUUUUGAAUAUUCUCGGAAAGAAUGGUAUUACUUCUGGAACAAAUCAUCUUACGUCUCACAAAAUCCAAAGUGCUAUCAAGUCCAUUACUAAAGGGAUUCCAAAUCUCAUCUGUUCUCAUAAUUAUAAAGCUGGAACAACGGAACUAUGGCAGAUAGCCAUAUGUUUGGACCAAAAUAUCGCUGUGAUAGAUUGUCCUCUACCAAAGAUAUGCACUACAAAAGGAACUACGGGGAUCACGUUUCCCUGA